GCAGCAGCAGCACCAGCAUCGCCACCUCCACGGAGGUCGCACGGCUGGCCCUCGCGCGUUAGUAGAGCCCGGGACAGACAGUCGAUCGCGCACACUGAGGGUGCGGGUCGUUCUGGAGGUUGGUUGUUGGUUCGGGUUUGGUCACAGUCGGUCGGCGGUUGGUGGCGGUACGGCAGUUUGGUAGUAGUUCGCUGUCUUCGCUGGUCAGGCCAGACUCUCGCGACGGUUGUGCGGGAUGUCGAUUUGAAACUCGACGAGCUCGUUUCCACGUUGAUAACGGCUCGCGCGAACGGCUCAGGAGCGCGUCUGUCCGGGAGCCGGAGCGUUCCCAAGCGACGUCGCGUCGCGUCGCCGGGAACCCUUGGCGAGACGCGUUGGAUGGAUCGAAACACGUCGUGCUGGUGCGUGUGGUGCCGGAGGAACGGUAGAGUCGAAUUCGCCCGGACUCACUCGGCGGAAGUCGUUCGACUCUGAGACGCGCCGGAGAAGUGAGCUAUCCGGGAUGGACUAUGUGAUUCGGCGUGCGGGCAGACGAAGCUAGACCGAACAGUUGGAUUCGUUGUUGCGUUCGGCUCUCGUCACGGUGCGUCGCCCACCACGUUCACCAGCAUGCUCCCUUCGAAUGUGCGCGCGAUGGUUCCGCUCGAUGAUUAGGCCGAACGGAUGAUACCAGCCCGGUAAGGACGGGAUAACGUGUGGUGCGCCUCGCGGAUCAUCCGCGCCGAGCAACGCGGCUUUCAGGCCCGUAUUAGCAGUUAUCACUUGAAACACGUCUCUAAUUGGGAUACUCAGACUUGUAUUAAGAAUUACAUUACAUUCUUCAGAUGAAUCGCAAUUACCAGAUUUAGACCCGCAUUAAUAGUUAUUUGAAACUAGCCUUAGGUGAGAUACUCAGGUGUGAUUUGAACUUGGAUGUGAGUUUUUCAGCUGAGCAGCAACGAUUACAAAUGUAAUGUCGCAUAUAUCAUAAUGAUUCGAAUGAAGAACUCAAAUCUGACUCUAAAUUCAGAUCUGAGUACCUCACGUGGGGUAAGUUUCAAGUAACGACUGUUAAUAUGAGCUAUUCACGUGAACGUAUAUCAACUGAAAAAUUUGGAUCUUGCUCCGAAGAGAAUUCCGGGUGUCUCGCAUGAGACAAGCUUCAGCGUGUUGCGGCGUGCGAGCGUGAACGCAAAGCGAGAGUCGACAAAGCGACGACGACGACGACGACGACGACGACGACGACGACGACUAGCCCGGAGGGAGCGCGCGAAUCUAUGAUCCUUCUGCUGCUCCUGCUGCUUGGCCGGGCGAAUCAGGUCGCAGGCCGUUUACGCUGAGUGCUCCGCCGAGAACUCGGCAGCGCCGCGCGGGGAGGGUGUUCCGUGCCAUCGUAGCCCGAGGUGCCGAUGAUUCCGUCAGGAUUCCUCGCUGCCGACGACUCGAGCUCGUCGUCGAUCGUCACCAGAGCGUCGUGUGUGCGCGCCUGCCGAUCGCGCGUUACGACGAUCACCAGCUGUCGCCGGCUUGGCAGCUCAGCGUCGCGGGCAACGCAUGCACCUGAUGAUGGAAGUGAGAGCUCGCUCGGAGCCGAUCAGCAGCAGAGCGAUAGCAACGAGUCGCUACUUUGAAUUCGAGCCGGCGGGGGAGCGAAGGCCGCUCGGAGGGAGUGAGACCGGAGGUGGCGGCAAGCUGUAUCGGAAGCGGGAGUGGGUGGUCGACGACGACGGGUGUAUAAGGGUGGCGACGGCGGCGGCGGCGGUGGCGGCGGCGGCGGCGGCGGCGGCGGCGGUAGCGGCAGCGGUGGUGCGGAAAAGGGCGCAGGGGAGCGGCGAGCGCAAAAAAGCGUCGGCGACGUUGGUGAGCGAGGAGGGAAGAGAGCGGAAGUCGAAAGAAGCGGAAGAAGCGGGUCGUCCAUCGGCAGGAGGGCCCCACAGAUGCGGGGCCCGAAGGGGCCAGUCCGCGGCGGCGUGACGCGAUGCGGACGUCCUCCUCCUCUUUGCCGAGGAAGAGGAAGAGGAAAGACCUCUCGCCUCUCGACACCGUCCUCCUUACCGGUUGGCAGCCGUCAGCUAGAUAUGUCGCUCGACAACGGCGUUCCCCGCGACUCGACGUUACCGUAUCGCAACGGACGGGGCACGACAUCCUCCGCAGAGGACGAGACCGGGGUUCCUCGGGGUGGCGCGAGGUGCUCCUCGGCAAGACGUCGCAGGCUCGUCAGACGCGCGACGUUCUCAGCGAACGGUGCCGAGAGCGACGCAGGUGGCAAGGAGACGAAGACGAGACGGAGAAACGACGCGUUGGUGAAGGACAAAGUGCGAAGGAGGACACCGCGAUCCUCAGCGCGACUAAGGGGUGCGUCGGCGGGGUCUCGCACGACGCCGGCAUCGCCAGGAGCGUGCUCCUGUUGGCGCUGCUCUGCGUCCAGUGCUGCCUGGCGACUACCGAGGCCCUCGCCGGCACUCAGAAGUAUUGCACCCGCACGGUUAAGACCCGGUACGGCACCCUCCGCGGCGUCGAGGCCAGAUCGUCGACGGCCGUCGAGACUUACUACGGCGUACCGUACGCGACACCGCCUCUCGGCGCGCUGCGGUACAUGCCGCCGGUUACCCCGACACCGUGGCGCGGCACGAAGUUCGCUGACACGAUGCCGCCGGCCUGCCCGCAGCGGCCGCCGGAACCGGACGCGAGUCUACCGCGCCGGAGACGCGCCUACCUCGAGAGACUGGCGCCCAUAUUGGCCAACCAAAGCGAAGACUGCCUGUAUAUGAACCUCUACGUGCCGAAACCUCCUCACGGUAGUAUCGCGGACUCGCUGCCGACUCUUCUCCUCAUCCAUGGCGAUUCCUAUUCGUGGGGUGCUGGGAAUUCGUUCGACGGGACCGCCUUAGCCGCUCACGGACGUCUCAUCGUCGUCUCCAUCAAUUUUCGUCUAGGUGUGCUCGGCUUUCUGAAAACCGGGUCGAAAGGGAGCGCGCAGGGCAAUUACGGAUUGAUGGAUUUGGUGGCGGGACUUCAUUGGCUGCGCGAGAAUCUCGGGGCCUUCGGCGGCGAUCCUGGACGACUGGUGUUGCUGGGCCACGGCACCGGGGCGGCUCUUGCCAAUUUUUUAGCCGUCUCCCCUAUGGCGAAAGAGCUGAUCGGGAGAGUGAUCCUGCUCGGAGGUUCGGCCCUUUCGCCAUGGGCGGUCCAGCGAGACCCGUUGACGGUGAAGCGCCGGGUCGCCGAUCAGACUGGCUGUCCGAGCGACGUCGAGGCCGACGAUAUUGCACCGUGCCUUCGUUUGAGGAGCCUGGAGGAACUGUUAGCGGUGAAGCUCGAUCCGCCGAGAUUCACUUCCGGAUUCGCGCCCUUCAUCGACGGGGCCGUCUUGCCACCGACGGCCAAUCAGAAUUUCCAGCCCACUGCCUCUUCUUCGGGACUAAUGCCGAUCGUGCCCGGACCUGGCGCCGAAUUCGCGGACUUUGGUGAUCGAGACCUGCUCUUCGGCUUGACGUCCGAGGAAGCUUGGAUGAACCUCUCUGAGGACGAUCUACAGAACGGCUUGAACGAGACGAGGAGAGAUCGUAUAUUGCGCACUUACGUCCGGAACACCUACCGAUACCAUCUGCAUGAAAUCUAUUCGACUCUUCGGAACGAGUACACCGACUGGGAACGGGGCGAGCAGAGUCCCGUGGCGAUCUGCGAGGGUCUCUUAUCUCUCCUUGGAGACGGCCAAGUCGCCGCGCCGCUCCUCAGACUGGCCCUACUGCAUUCCGCCUCCACGGGACGUGGCUAUUUCCUGCACUUCCAGCCCGACGAUCGACCGAGCCAGAAGGGCGAGGAAGUGCCGUAUCUCUUGGGUAUACCUCUUCUUCGCGGCGAAGUCACGUCCGCGAUGUCCGCCUUUGGCAACUAUACGACCGUCGAUGAGAACCUGUCGAAGCUUCUCGUCCAUUACCUAGCUAACUUCGUGAGGCGCGGGGAUCCAAACGGCGCGAGUCCCUUGUCUUCGGGAUUGGAGGGCGGCCUAAUGACGAGUCCGCCGUUCUGGGACUCGUACGACUCCAUAAACCAGUUGUACCUGGAAGCCGGUCACAACCCGGAGAUGCAUUCGCACUACAGGGGCCACAAAAUGUCCCUCUGGCUGAACCUGCUGCCGCAGCUGCACCGACCGGGCUACGAGAUCAACAUGCGUCACCAUCAUCUCGCGGACAGCCCGAGUCUCUACGAGGGCCCGGUGCGUCCUCAAAGCACAGCCGUACCCUUACCGGCACCCCCACUACCCCUACCGUCCCCCACGGAACCCUCCUCGAUACUAAAUGUGUUGUCUACUACGGAGUGCACUCCGAACGCGACCGUCGCCACCACGAUCACACCCACCACCUCGCAAACGCUGCAACACUCCAAUCUGGGCCCGGGUCCUAACAACAUACUGCGUAAGCUCGCGUCCAGCCACUAUCAGAGUUACACCACGGCCCUCACGGUCACCAUCGCGGUCGGAGUGUUCCUGCUGCUGCUCAACAUUCUGAUCUUUGCGGGAAUCUAUCACCAGCGCGAUCGAAACGCGUCUGGCGGUGGCGGUAUGGCCACCUCUUUUGGCAACAAGAAGAAAGAAGAAUUGCUGGAGGCCGGCUGCUCCGGCAUGGACGCCGCCAUCGGGAAGCAGCGAUUGUCUUCCAUGAAUCUGAUCGACUCGCCGUCGAUCUUGCCACCCCACAAAGCGAAGCUCGUCCAAGAGCUGGAGAUGCAGCUGCAGGAGUUCCAGUGUUCACCGCCGCCCGGUGGCGGCAAGCGGAUUCUGGAGCCGCCGUCCUACAGCAAGAGCCCGUGCAUCCAGAGAACUCGCACCCCAUCGCCCUGCGUGGACGCCACUAUUGCCAGGAUGGACGAGGUGAACGAAGGUAUGAGCGGCCUGCACGACAGCGAGGACGAGAACGAGGAUGUGCCGGAACCACCGCCACCGCCCAAGGCCCCGGCACCGAACGUCGGUCUGUCGUGUCCCGGGAUUCUGCGGCAGCCCGGGACACCCGGCAGCGCGAAGAAGCGCGUGCAGAUUCAAGAGAUCUCCGUGUGAUAGACGGGGACGAUCCCGGUCUCUCUCUUUCACCGGGAUCUUUGAUGUCGGAAGAGAGCGGUUCGCACCGGGAACGUCCACGAGACGACACGAGAGGAGCCGGUGUCGAUCGAGAUUAAGUACAGUGAGGGACUUUCCCUUUGAACUACGGUUGUUAUCGGGGACACUCGAAGCGCGAGAGGCAUGCUCGGUGCUCGUCGUAAGUGGAUUUCGUUACUCGGACGAGAUUAUCGUUCCCCCAUUACGUUUGAGAAUAUAUAAAUUGAAAUCAAUUUUCUUUUCUCUUCCUUUUUCUUCUUUCUUGCUUUCUUUCGUUUAUUCGUGUGGUCAUCACAUUGUCGUGCAACAUAAAUGUGCACAGCCGUGCGUUAAGGUAACGCCAAAAUGGAUUACAUAUUCGCGAUCAUUUUCUUUUCAUAUUUUUGGUAUGAUCAUAAGCAAAAAAAUUGCCGCUGUAUUUUGCAUGAGUUUCAGAAUGUUUUGUCCAAUGAAAGAAUUUGUUUUUAAAUAACAGAAUUCUCUCAUCGGACAGGACCAGUACGUUGCAAAACUCACACAAGAUAUAGUAGGCAAUAUUUCUAUUGUCACGAUCGUAUAUAUAGAUCCUAUAUAAAUAUAUGCUGCUUUGUUUUAUGUGAUUAUAUAUUUAAAAACCUAUGCAUAUAUUGUAAUGGUUUCUACUAUGUUUUAUCAGUUACAAUGAUCAGACAGGAUCGUUGUAACAAGUAAAAAAAUAAUGGAUACCGUUAAGAUAAACACCUUAACCCUGCAUAAAAAUUUUUCUGCAAACUUUUCGUAUAUUUUUAAACUUCUAAGUCUAGUUGUAAAAAUACAGCAAUAUUCUUUGAAAUUUUCCUAAACGGGACACACACAUGUUCGAUAUGUAUGCUUAGUUUGUACAUUUCUCAAAAUUAAAUUGUAGCGUUUCAAGUCACAAUUGAGACAUUUUACUGACACGUUUGCAUAUUAAGGUCAUAGUAGAAAAUGAAGUGACAAUAUAUAAGCAGUGACAAUAUAUUCGGACUUCACAACUGCAACGGGAGAUUCAAGAAAAACGUAAGUAUUAGAUGUACAAGUUAAUUCGUCGCAUUCAUAUUUAACCAACUGUAAUUUUAUUUUAAAUUCAAAUCUUUUACCCGUCGCAUUAGAAUUUCGGAAUGCCAACUCUUAAAAUGAAAAAGCAUUUAUAAUUGAACGCUGCUGACAACAUAAUUUCACGAAGCAGUACUGAACACGAUUCGAUAAACAGCAUAUCAGACACUGUAUUCAUUUUCCAUUUCAACUGAAAAAAAUGUUCUUGAGGCUAAGGAAAUAAUUUGCUCUGCUUUGGAGGAAAGUGCUGUGGUUCACAGUACAUGGUAUUAAAAGUUUCGAUCUUUUUUCCGACCAAGAAUAUCCUGAAACUGUAGAAAAAAAUUGAAGAUGAGGAAUUGAAUCAACUGUUGCAAGAGAGUCCCUGUCGAGCACAACAGGAGCCGAACAACUUAGUGUCACUCAACAAACGAUUUCUAAUCGCUUGUAUAAAGGGGAAUUCAGGAAGCCACGAAUUAAUUUGUACAUCCAAUAUCCUUAUUAUGUUCUUAUCCAAUAGAUAAGAAUAUAAUAAAGGGUUAUUACUUACAUCUGUGUACUGUCACUCCGUCUCUUGUCAAAAUCAACUGCCAUGCAAACGCAUCAGCAGUGCCUCUCAAUUGUGACAACCUGGAGCGCUACAUUGGGAAAAAUGUAUGCAAACCGUUUUGCAGCCGAGCAUACAAGCUGUGAAACUUUAAUGUCAGCAUUUGUUACGUUAACUGACAGCUCGAAGUGUCAAUUUUAGAAGUUUUCAUCGUUAUAAUUUUUUUAUCAUUAUAUUUUGUGUGAAUUUCGGGACGCAUCUGUCCAAUAGAUGUGUUCGUUUUCGUCACAUAUUCAAUGAUUCUCGAAUUCAUUUUGGCACGUACCUUGAUUGCGCGCAAGUACUUGUAAUUCUGUGCAACUACAACACGACGUAAACUUUGCAAAAAGAAGCCAGUAUUUCCUUGGUAAAGUUCUCAAACAUGGCAUCCCCUUAACACUCGGCAUUCGUGUUCAAGAAUCCCCUUCCCCGUGUCCCGAUGCCGUUUCCCCUCGCGAGAAACUCAUCCCGAACUAUUGACUAAGACAGAUGGUGUGUUUAGAUUUGCGAUUCCGCAAGUCUGAGUGAUCUUCUUAGCCGGGGGUGAGGCCGGUGCGUGCUCAGCGUCGAUCGAAGAAAGUGAAACAUAAUAAUUUCUAUUCUCCGUCACGGAGUUGUACAGUGUGUACGCGUACAGUGGCCACGGACGAAUGUACGGACGAAUGUACGGACGAAGAAGCGAACGAACAGUGCUAGUUAGAAGUGUGUGCGUUCAUUUGGUGGAGUUUCUUGGCCGAGGCUCUCGACGCGUGUGAUUUACGUCCCGUAGCACACGAACUCUGCGAACACAAGCGCCCUGGUAUCGGCAACGGUUCGUAGUUAGUCCCUUUGUAUCCGAGACGUGAUCUUCGUCCGUCCAUUAGGGGACGACUAUGUGCGAAACGCGAAGCUCGCGGGACUGGCCGAAGCGUUCGUUUGAUUAUCGUCGACUGCGGCCUAAACCAGGCCGCAGUCGUCGCGGCGUUUCCGCUGCGACGAACACGGGGGAUUGAUGUAAUCUCAGGAAUAUAAAGAAUGCAAGGGACAUCUUCGCGGUAAAACGUACGGCGCGUAAGUCCGUCGUCCGGGUGCGUGAUCACGCAUCCGGAUUCGCCGCAACACUAAAUGGAAUUAAUCGAGGAAUUGGUAGUCUUGGGCUUUGACUUCUAGGUUCAUAAAACGACGAGAGUGACUAACUAAUUGAUAAUGUGUGUUUGUGAGAGAGAACGCGCGCGAGAAAUAGACGAGGGGAAGCGAGGCGGGAGGGAGAAACAAGAAGGAGACCGUGCCAGGAAGGGUGAGACUUCAACUAGAAAUUUAUCCCAUAAUCCUGAUCAGGUUGACCCCAAUCGGUUACCUAGUUUGUACAGAGUGAUGUUAUCGAAUCCUAAUAAGUCACGCAAUAUAGCGUGACAAUCAAAAUCUUAUUAACCCUUUGAAUCUCGCAUUAAUUCUAGUUGUGAAAAAUUCUUUAUUUAUUUAUUAUCGUUCCUAGCAGUGUAGAGAUGUGAUUUUUUAAUAAUUUUCCAAUCAAUCAUUUUUUGGAGACAUCAAAGUAUUGCCUGAGAGAAACAAUUUUUUGAUAUACUGCGUCACUUUCAGUGCAAAUUAUAUUCUGCAUAAUUUUCUAUCUUUCACAUGUCGUAAUAAUGCACAAGAAUAUUUUGUAUAAUCUAUUUUUGUGAUAAGUAUAAUAUUAAUAAAUUGUAAUAUUAAUAAACUUGUGGAGCUGCUGUCCUCGUAGAAGAGAUGAAAGGUGCUGAGAAUUUACUGGUUUUUAUCAGUAUAACUAGUGAUAAUAUAGAAAUUCCGUGUAAAAAAAAUGGAUUAGUUUGACGUUUGCAUCGAAUUGAACUGUCGUUGUCUCAAGGCAAUAACGAGUAAUGAAUAAUGAGGUGAAUAAUGAUUAUUAAUAAUUAGAAUCUUAUUAUUGUUAACCCUUCGAGUGACAACAUAUUUUUAUUAGCUUUGAAGUCAUUAAUUUUUUAUUAGCUUUGAAGCAACCAAAGUCAUUAGUAUUUUUCUUGAUUUUUCUCUCCUGGGAUAUUCGAAAAAAUUCUCAAAAAUUACAGAAAAUUUCUUCUCAGUUGAAAACUAUAUAGAUUUGUAUAGAGAAAAAUAAAUUACUAUAAGCUUACUAUAACUUUUUAUAGCGAAAAAUAAAUUACUAUAAGCAUCUUAUUUUUAAUAAUUUUAAAACAAAAACGCUGCGAAAAAGAAACACUUCUUAGAAUGACGCGAACAUACAUAGCCCUGAUUGCUACUCAGAGGGUUAAUCAUUAGGAUCCGAUGAUAUUACGUUAGCCCUUAUCCAUAAUCUUGCUUUAAGACGUAAGCCGUAAGAAAUUGACCAACCAUGGUCGAUUUUUAGAAAAAUAAUCGAUUGUAGUUGGUCAAUUUCUUACGGCUUACGUCUUAAAGCGAGGUUGUGGACAAGGACUUAUACAAUAACUGAUUGAAAUCCAUCUGAGUAGAACUAAAUAAAAAAAGUAUGGGAUAAAUUUCUAGUCAGGACGGGAUAAGGAUCGAGAGGGACCGUUAUGGAUUUCACGAUGAACUCUCUGUGUGGAACAUUGGCGUCGGCUUGGUCGACGUAAUCGUGCGUGUAUGCGUACCUUGUGCAAGGAACUAAAACACAUAUGGAACGAGAUAGAGCUAAAUGGAUUAACGAUGAAGCGGGGAGUACUUAAGGGGAUGUAGGUGACUCUCUCCCUCUCUUUCUUCCUCUUUUUCUCUCUCUCUCUCUUUUUCUCUUUCUCUCCAUACACUACGUUAUUUGUUUCGAGAAGAAGUUUCGCUGUACGACACGUUAACAAGAAAAAAGAAAGGAACCCGGGUUCGCGGGGAAAAAUUCGAUGCACGGAGGAAAAUACCUUUACGACAUACUCAUUUGUUAGGAAACAUUGCGGCGCGAGUGUUCACUGACUUUAACAGUCAUCCAGGAUAGAGUCGCGCUGUUUCAGGAAGUUAUAAAUUUGCUACAACUUUUUGACGACCGCACCACCGCACAGAGAAGAGGGUUUUGAUAAGAGUUCCUACUUUUAACGAAUUGGCGAUUAAUCUCUGCUGAAGUGCUGUGAAUUAUUUAUAGUACCACCGACUCGCUCGUGCAGCGGUUAAUUUUUCUUACUCGCCACCUAAACUAUUUGAAUUCUUUACACGGGAAAAAACAACCACGGUUGGAUUAAUGUGUUCGGUUAGACAAGAUUUGAUUAAAAUAUUCUGGUAGUCAACCAAAACAUUUAGAUCUAACAACGGUCAAAGUUUGGUUACUGCUGAUCCAGUCAUAACAUCCAAGUAUCUGCUUAUUAUGAGCAGAGCAAAGUUGUGGAUGAACAUGAUAUAUUUGAUAAAUUUAGUAACCAAACUUAUGUUUGGUUACUUUAACCAAAUGCAUGUAAGCGAAUUUAGUUAUGUUAUCUUAGUUUAGUUAUCUUAACCAAAAAUAUUAUUUGUUCAUACUUUAUCAAACAGAUUAGUUUAUAUAUCCUGGAUCCUAAUUAAUUCAACCAAUUUUUUCCAUGUAGGUUUAAAUACCUGACAUUGAAUAUCUGAAUUAAGAGCGAUUUCAGACAUCUAAAUAUUCACUUGUUUUUAUUCGCUUACAGAUGUCUCUUUUACUUUAAUGAAUUCUACGCGUUAUAUUUUUUUUCGAUGCAGUCUAGAGUAUUAUCGAUGUCCAAUGAGAGAACUUCAGGGGAUUCAUGAAAAAUAAGUUUUUCAUUGGGAACCAUCGGUGUUCCAAAAACUGCAUUCAAAAGAACAUUAUUCAUACUGUACUGAAACCAAAUGAAUACAUUCUUGCCGAUGAGGUUAAGAACGCAUCAAAUAGUCAUAACUAUAAAUCACUAUUCACGAGCUUGCGUGAUAAUCUAUUAUGACAGAAGUCGAAGUGAAAAUAUAUGAGAUAUCCGACAUCACAAUUGCAGCAAAAGAUUCAACAAGGAGAUAACUAUUAUGAUUGCCACAAUCACAUUUUCUAUGAGUUUUAUGUGAUUUUAUAUGGUUAUUUUAUAUGAUUAAAAAAUUUAUGUGAAUUCAAGGUAAAUAGAUACAUUAAAAAUAGAUACAUUAAAAAUUGUUAUUGUUAUAUCCUCAUUUAUAUGCAGUUCUAAUAACCACAGUUAUUAUAAUAUGUAAUGUUUAAUCAGUAUAUUCGCAUAUAUAGUUACAUCAACUAAAAGAAUGUGCCGUUAUCGUCUGCAGACCGAAUACUACACGUACAAAAAUAUUAUAGUUGGCUCACACAUAAAUCUGGUUGUGCCAAACAGAUUCAACUGUAAAAUAUGGAACACUGCGAACUAUGCGGUUGUUGCAACUGCAAAUCCGAGUGUGUUAUUCUUAAAUACAUAAACGUGUAAUUGACUGAAACUCUUUUCAUACGUCUUUUGCGAUUUUAAAUCACGUCACUUAACACGUUUAUAAUGUAUAAAUUAGAAUUUUAUACGUUAGAGUGUGUUAAAUAACGCGAUUUGAAACGAUAAGAAACAUGUAAAAAUAGAUUCAGCCAAUUACACAUUUAUGUAUUUAAAAAUAACACACUCGGAUUUGCAGUGUAUAGAACAAUUGCUAAGUUACUGGCGUUGCAGCAGUAACGAUCUUCCUAUACAAUACAAAGUCCAAAAUCAGGACAUAAGACGUCUAAAAGACAUUUUAUGUUCUGUCGUCUGAAAGACGUUUUUAAGUAUUGUGUGGAUGGUUGUUCCAAGAUAUCCAUGAUAAAUGUUACUUUGACCGAUUUCUGGUUACCACAACCAGCUCACACGCAACUACAUUUAUAUAGUUGGUGUACUAAAGUAACUGAGUCAUAUCAUUCAUAUACAUUACUAUCACACAAAGAUAACUAGGUUGAUGUAACUAUACUGCUCACAACUAAAUAUUUCUUGUUAUGUGCACCGUAUAUAUUUAUUUUUUCUAUAUGUUGAGAGCACUGAAACAUCGAAAAUUCUACUCAAACACGUAUAAAUAGACAAUAAAGAAAGCCAAUAUAUUACAUUCAGAAUACUGUUUCUAUCUUUUUGUAUACAUGGGCGAAAACACAAUAUUAAUAUUUUGUUACGGCACCCACAUUUAGCUAAAUGAUAUUCCUAGUAUUCUCCAUGAGGAAAAAUACAAGUAUCUCUGUUAUAUUCUUCUUUAUCAGAUAAAAGUGUACUAAAAGGUUAAUAUUUACACUAUGUAUUAUCACUUUGGCUCCUGUCAUAACUGAUUGCUGUGCAUACACGUCAGCAGUGGCUUUCAAUUUUGACAAUUUGUAGCGAUGCAACUUCUUUCGAUAAAAAGUGUGUAGAUUAGUUUGCAACUGAAUUCAGUCUCUUCGAGAGUCACCUGUUGCGAAUAUUGGAAGUACGAUACUUAAAAGGCGACAAAUAUCCGGGCCCGUUCUAAUUUAUCUUUUUCGCCGGUGGGGUGCUUAGAUGCGCCAGGUGUCGCUCGGCUAUUGACACGCGAACUCAACAAUCGACGAGUCCGAUCGAAUACCACUGUCGAGAGACACUUGUAUAUCGACUGUCGAAAUAAUUUGCCACAAAGGUGACGUCGUAAUGAUAUACUCCGCUGGUCAUAAGCACUUCUUCGACCGUAAGACUUUUCGAGCAAAUGAGAAAGAGAACCGCGCGAGGGGCCACCGUAAGUAAACCUAACUACUAAUUAAUCUAGUCACGGGAAACUCGCCAUUAAUUAAUUCGAUUGCACUCGCGUGCGUUGUCACCUACCGGCAAAGGAUGUUGUUCGAUCUUGAGGGCGCGUACCGCCAAUAAGUAAUCGAAUGCGCCCUGUGAGUCGGGGUGAAUUGUUCGAUCGAGGAUCCGAGAAACGUCAUGGUAACCAAACAGUUGUUGUUCGUCGAAUUUGGAUACGAUCGUUAAAUUAGCUUCAUUUGCAUCGUAACUCGAAGAAAGGGUUAAGUUUCAUUGUCAUUUGCGCGGCCAAGGCGAUCGAGCCUCGUCAGAGCCUCUUUGACUGCCGCCACUUCUUUCGUUCGCGGAUUUUCCACUGACGGAGAUUCUUUCUUCUCAAUAAAGACUCCGAAAUACCGGUCUUCGUAACUGAGCUUCCCGAGUGGAAGUCUUCUGGGGGACGAAGAUGCCAAUUAAUACAAAAAAUCGUCAACAGUCGGCAAAAUAUUUCCUUCCUGUUAAUUGUUAAAUAUGAUUUUGUUUCAACAGAGAACUCCAAUGGAGUAUAAAAAUGGCUUGCUAUUAAUAUUCGCAGGAAUUUUCAUUAUGAAACGCUCGACCUCGAGAUUAACAAGAGGUCCGCGGAUGAAAGAAGCGGCGGUGUGAUUCUAUAGACAUACACACACACACACACACACACACACAUAGACACACACACACACGCACAUCUACACAUACACGUGACAUACAUACGCGCGCGUGCGCGCGGCUAGCCUGUAUAUACAUAUACGAAAUUAACGAAGAGGAAAGUACGGACGUAAGGUAGAUUGACAAAGGCGAAUUUGCAAAACGCCGUCGCAAUCUACAUCGCGUCUGUGGCGAGCGGAGACACGAAAAACACCCCCAUACGUAUAUACAUCUAUCAAUGUUUGGAAUGUUGGGAUUUGUUUAAAUAAAUACUUAAAAGAUUCAAAACGUAAA